AGUGCUGAGAGAGGACAAGGGUACUUGCUGACUUACAGAGACAGAGCGCUGAAUGCAAAUAUGCUGAGAUAUCAGUGUGUGGUCGUGGCCCUGGUCCUGUACUUAAAAGGUUCCCUUUCCCAGCUCAGUGAAUGCGGUAGUGCACCUUUUAACACGCGUAUUGUGGGUGGACAGAAUGCCUCAGAUGGGGUGUGGCCAUGGCAGGUUAGUUUACAGAGCCCUGUUUACGGGGGCCAUUUCUGCGGAGGAUCGCUCAUCAACAAAGACUGGGUUCUGACAGCAGCCCACUGUUUCUCCAGCAAAAAAAUCCCUUCUGGCCUGACUGUGUAUUUGGGGAAACAUACUCUAAAUGGCUCUAAUCCCAAUCAAAUUGCAAGAGGUGUUACACAGGUGAUCCUUCACCCCAACUACAACACUGCAACCCAAAACAAUGACAUCGCCCUUCUACAACUGAACUCCUCUGUUACCUUCACAAACUACAUCAGACCAGUGUGCCUGGCAGGUCAAGGCAUCCGUUUUCCAGAUGGCACCAAUUGCUGGAUCUCAGGCUGGGGAAGCAUUGCCUCUGGAGUGCAAUUGCCAUCUCCUGGUGUGCUGCAGGAGGCAAUGGUGCCCACUUUCAGUACAAAUCUUUGUAAUUUUCUACUGGGAUUUGGAUCCAUUACCACAAACAUGAUGUGUGCUGGUUAUAUCCAAGGAGGCACCGACACUUGUCAGGGGGAUUCUGGAGGUCCUCUUGUGACUAAGCAGGGUGCAGUCUGGAUUCAGGCUGGUAUCACUAGCUGGGGUAAUGGCUGUGCUCAGCGCUUCUCACCUGGUGUGUAUACUCUGGUGUCCCAGUACCAGACCUGGAUAUCCAGCGUCGUCGGCCAAAACUUGCCUGGCUUUGUCACGUACUAACACAGUGGGACGAUCGGUGGCGGUACUGAUGGAUCCGGCAGAAUUAACGCAUUUUAAUUUAACAGCAGCAUUUAUUAUUUUACACAGAAUGUCUAUAUGUUUUUCAAUACAGGUCUAUAUUUAUAUAUUUUUUUACUGAGAUUAUUCUAAUAAAUCCUCUAUAUAUACAACCAUUGUAUUUAAGCUUUGUUGUAAUAAUGAUGAAUGUUGUGAUAAUCAUCUUAUAUGAUACUACAUGUACAGCUGAUAGUUUAUAAUGUAAUCACUUUAAUUAAGUACAUAAUUAAAUGCUAAUUACCUACAUAAA